AUGGUAUCGUGCCUGAUCGAUACAGCGGAACUCAGGCGGGCAGCCAUUCCGAAGACACAGCUCGUCGUGUCCAUCUCCUUCCCCGCCAAAGCGGUUCCGCCGCAACCCGCGGACCAGACGUCCGAUGUUCCGCGGCCAUCUGCGGACCAGACGCCCGAUGUACAGCGUACGAUCAGCAUCCUCAAAUACGCGAAACAGUGGGCCAUCGCCGGAGCGCCAGACUCUGACGACGAGGAGUGGAAGGAGAUGGCGGACCUGCAGCUAGAGGCGAGGGCGUGGGGUGACAUGCCCCGUCGUGCGGGGUUAAAUCUUAUUUCGGUACACCUCAGACGAUCUCGUGGCUACUCGCAGACACAAACCCCAUCGACAUCCCUCCUGUCUAUACGAUCCAUCACAUCCUACUCGCAAUCAGCGUACGAGACGGAGCACGGCGCUAUCUGCAGGAGAGAAGCAUCUAGCGGGCGGAGAACCAAAGUGGGGGGAAGUGGGGAAGAGGGCGAGGAUGCGGGCUGGAAUUCGGACACUAGUCCCUGCACUAUUGAACGCGAAUCUCGCGAAGACAACCGCACGGACCAGAUCCAGACGAGCUCUGUCAAAGCGCAGCGAGAAAGCUCGCUUCCGUCGUCCAUACAUCCUCCUCCACCAGUAUCGCAUUAUGGACCGCCUGCCCCUUCACCUCCUCUCCAGCGUUCUCAAGCCUUCUACCUCGCCGCCAUCCCCACCCUCUACCACUCCCCUCGUAUCAGCGAAAGGCUCGAUUCCUUCUUCCUCCACUCCGGCACCAUCGAGCGCGAAGCACGCGAUCAGCUCUCCAGCGCUGAGCUUAUCCGGGCCGGUCACACCAAGCUCGCCGCACUCCGCCAUGUGCGUAGUCUGUACAUCAGACCCUCUCAACAGCUCGUCGCACCGAUAGAGGGCCGGACGGAAGAUGAGAAGGCGACCGACCUUGAGGAGCUGCGAGUAGGACUCGAACGUGCCGUUCAAAGUCUACUCGAUCUCGAGGUCGGAGCUUUCCCCAAUUUGCGGAACGUAUACACCGGCAGCUCCACAUUCGACAUCAUCGCGGGCCUUCCCUCACCGUUGCCGCCUCGGGACACUCUGAUCAUGAGCAGUCUAGGCGUCGGCCUUCUCGUCGCAGCACGCGAUACGCUUCAAAGCUGGUGCUGGCGCUCGGGCUUCUCGGAUGGCUUCUCGCCUUGUGGUGCCGCAAUCCUUCAGCAUACUCGCACGUUAUACGAUGGGAGACCCAUCCCACCGUCUGCCUACACCUGGCUGGACGGCUGGGUUAUACCUGUCACGCAUAUACAUGCGGAGCUCGUUGAACCUAUAUUCAUCGUCCCCGGCGGCCUCAACUACAUUUACAUUCACGAUGACGCCAAUCGGAUGCUCGCUCUGAGUACGACCGGCGCCACCGCUACUUUGGCCAGCCAGGUCGACGAAUUAAUUGCGAGGCACAUAGCCGGCACAAUGCGCCUCAUCAUGAACCGCCUCGUCGAACCGGACAGGAGGCGGGCGGCUAUCGACCAAACGCGCCUCGUCGUUGCUUUCGACUUUCCAUUCGGCGAAAAGAGCGACGGCAAGGAACGGGAGGUAUCGUCGUUGUUGGCACGGUCACUGGCGAUCGUCAAAGACGUCAAAGCAAUGGCGAUUGCGGGCAGGGCAGGGCAGUCGGAAAUGAAGGAGAUGGAGAACUUGCAGAUCGAGGCGAGGGUAUGGGGCGAUAUGCCUGCAUGCGAGAUCGGGUUCUGA